AUAUCAUUUACUCUGCCUACCCCAAUUGUUAUAAGAACUGUGAAGUAUAAUAAGCAAAAACUACUACAUAAAAAAGACUGAAAUUAUAAUGAUCCUAUUUUGUGUUCAGUUACGGAAUUCAAAAUAGGUUAAAACUAAAAUUCUUAAUUAUGAAGUUCGCUGUCUAAUCUUUGUUUAACAUGCAUAUUACGUAAAGAUUAUUCAAAAGUAAUUCAGUAGUUCGCCAUGGAUAUAAGAGGCGUUAAACAGUCAACCAUAGAGAACUCUAUCGAAGAUGGCUAAAGUGAGGCUGUGUUUAUUAUUAUUAGUGACAAUUGCAUCCCAUCGCUUGGCUGCUGGAUCGCCAUUCGGAUUUUUAUGCAGUUUACUAUGCGACGAUGAUGACUCAUCCAGUGAUGAUAGCUAUGAUGAUAUACUUGACGGCCUUUUCGACCCCUGCUUUGCCUGUCCUAGUGACUCGUCUGGGUCUUCUAGUCCUUCGGAAGCAGCUAAUGAAUCCGCCAGUGCGCCUGGUAAAACACCGGCACCUAUCAACCUUAUGAUACCACCAGCCAACGGGCUCAACGUGUCACUAGAAAACAUCGGUGGUUCAUGGUGGUUGAACCUGUUCCCGUGGGCUGGGGGAUCGCCAGGACAAGCAGCGACGCCCGCUCCUGUGAGUGCCACCCCUGCUGCCACUACACCUGGCAAUGACACUGCAACUACAGCUGCACCUACAACUGCCAAAGCCUAA